UGUUUGUCACAAUUGAAAAUUUGAACCGGUCGGUCGUGAAUAUAUAUUGCUCUUCGUAAUUGAAAAAGGCGAAUCGCUAUAUUUUGUUUGGACGCGGUAAUUUCAUCUAACAAAUUGACCGUGCAGUGAUUUAUUGCAACAAGCUAUACAUAAAGUGAACAGUUUUGUGCUAAAAAUGGGUGCAAAGGUGUCCAGAACUGAUUUUGAGUGGGUUCACACUGAAGAACCACAUGCCACUCGCCGGAAGAUCAUCCUAGAAAAAUACCCGGAAAUCAAGAAGCUCUACGGCUACGACCCCAUGUUCAAAUGGGUGGUCACUGGCAUGGUACUGACCCAGUUCGCCAUGAUGCCGAUUGUCCAGCACAUGAACUGGCCGAUGCUGCUGAUCGUCGCGUACUGCUUUGGGGGUGUUAUUAACCACUCCCUCAUGUUAGCUAUUCACGAAAUAGCCCACAAUCUAGCCUUCGGUCACAAUCGUCCACUCCACAACCGGCUAUUUGGGUUCUUCGCUAAUUUGCCAAUCGGUAUACCAAUUUCAAUUAGCUUCAGGAAGUAUCACUUGGAACAUCAUAAGUACCAAGGCGAUGAAGUUAUAGAUGUCGAUCUACCAACAUUGGUGGAAGCGAAGUUAUUUUGUACAACGGGUGGGAAACUUUUGUGGAUAAUACUGCAGCCAUUUUUCUACUCCAUUCGUCCGUUGGUGGUGAGACCCAAACCGCCACAUCCACUGGAGCUCGUCAAUCUCAUUAUACAGUUGUUCUUUGAUGCGAUCGUUGUCACAAUUUUUGGUUGGAAAGUACUUGGAUACCUGAUAAUUGGCUCAUUGAUUUCAAUGGGAGUCCAUCCUGUUGCAGGUCACUUCAUAUCAGAACACUACAUGUUCCGUAAGGGUUUUGAAACGUAUUCAUAUUACGGACCCCUAAAUUGGAUAACCUUCAACGUUGGAUAUCACAAUGAGCACCAUGACUUCCCAGCGGUCCCUGGUAGUAGGCUACCUGAGGUAAAAAGAAUUGCUUCCGAGUUUUACGAUGACCUACCGCAACAUCACAGCUGGUCCUCAGUCAUAUACGAUUUUGUAAUGGAUCCAGACAUCGGUCCAUACGCUAGAAUCAAACGCAAGCACUAUGGCCUUAAAAGUUAAAUUUAAUGCACGAAAUGUCACUCAGAAUGGCAGCGGAAUUGUUAUUUAUUUAUCAUUUCAAGCAAGUUUAUUAUAAUUAUAAGAUUUGUUAGUUACAGAUUUAGUUUUAAUAUAAAUGAACAUCAGCUUUUAGUCUUAUAUAGUCAUCAUAAACAAAAAUAAAAAAAAUUAAAAAUUAAAAAAAAAUGUGGCUGUAUUCAAAAUGAUUUUGAGUCUAUUCUAUUUUUUUUUCUAUUUCAUUUGUUUGUAAAUAAAUUUAAAUAGCUAGUUUUAAUAACUAGCAAGUUAUUUUGUUUAAAAUUGUACAUAAUUAUAUUGAAUAUCUAUCAUAAAAUGUCUCAUCAAUAUAUUUCUAUAACAUUUUUUUGUUAAAUAAAUAUACAAUGACAUUUUAUCUUUGAAUAAUUAACAGUCUGUGACGUGUUCAGAGACAUAAGUAUUAGAAUAUAUAUAUAUAAUUAUAGGGAGGUAUUCCUUUUAUCUAUAAUUUAUAUAAUUAACCUUGUUGUAACUUUAAGCAUAACAGUAAAUUUCACUGGCAUUAUAUACAUUGAUAGACAAAAAUGUAAACAUUAAACCAUAGACAAAGUAAAAUAUUUUUU